ACGCCAUCACAACCUUACCAAUCUUCAGAAUACACUCCUUUCCAUCCGACGAAAUGAUAGAACCCUCUGAAGACUCAUUUGAGACGAUGAUGGAGCAUAAGAAUCCAUCAUCAAAACAAAUGGAGUCCUCCGAGGGCUCAUCCAACACCACCGAGGCGACAUCGGGCAGUGGAGUGCGGGGAGAGGCAGGGCCAGCCAGCAGCCCAGCCCAGGAAAAGAAGGAGCCACCCAGUGGCCUACUCGAGGAAAUGGAAGAGCUGCCCACUGAUCUACUCCAAGACAUGGAGGAGCCAUCCAGUGGCCCACGUAAGGAAAUAGAGGAUCCACCCAAUGACCUACUCCAAGACAUGGAGGAGUCAUGCAACGGUUCACACCAGGCAAUGGGGGAUCCACUCAGUGGAGCAUCUGAUAGGAUGAAAGAAGCGUCAGUCAACCCAUCGGGAGCCCAAGAAGAGCAAGAGGCUCACACUGACCUGAAGGAAUCAGGAAGGGAGGAGACUCCUCAAGAAGAGCAAAACCAGACCGAGCACUCAACCGCAGAACUUAUGGCCAUGGUGAGGUCCAUCAUCUCGCUGUACUUCCGAAUGCAAGACCUCAAAGAGCAACAGAGAGUAGCAGAAGAGAUCUUGAUCAAAGGGAUCAAUGCAGGCCAACUGCCCGCCCCAAAGCACUUCUCUGGCGAUCGCAGAGAAUUUCACGAGUUUAUCGUACUCUGCCAACUGACCUUACAGAGCUACCCAAGAAUGUUCUGUAACGACCGUCUGCGAGUUGGCUAUGUCAUCAACCACCUCUCCGGCUUGGCAUUAGAAUGGGCCAAAGCUCUACUGCAGGAAAACAGCCCCCUGAUGGGAGACUUCCCAGCCUUCCUGGAGGCCAUGUCAGAAGUGUUUGAGUACCGCCAGACACUGCGUGUGGCAGAAGAGGCCAUGUUCACGAUCAGGCAGGGCAGCCGCUCUGCCACCGAGUACAUCGAUGAGUUCCAGAGCCUGGUGCCCAUCUUGGGCUGGCCAGAUGAAGUCCUGCAGGCCCACCUGUGCCAGGGGCUCAACGAGGAGAUCAGGCACUAUCUAUUCCGGGUCCCUCAGCCGGAUUCCCUAGACAGUCUGAUUGUGCUCAUCCUGCAAAUAGAAGAGAAGCUGGCAGAGAGAAGAGCCAUGCUCAGGCUGCCCCCCGAGGCCCGCCCCCGGAACCUGACCUGGAUCGACUCACCUGCUCCAGAGAGGUGGAUGGUCAGCAGCUGGCUGCCCAGCGAAGUCCAUCCGGGCAUCAACCGCGCCCAUCUCUUCCUGCUGCUCAUGGUGAGAGUAAACCCCUACCACAGUGUCGCGGUUCAGGCCCUGGUGGAUUCAGGAGCUGACGGCAACUUCAUGGAUGAGAAGUUCGCCCAGGAGCACUACGUGGAGCUUUACGAGAAGCCUUACCCACAGCCAGUCCAAUCCGUGGACGGCUCACUGAUUGGCAACGAGCCUGUCUGGCUCUACACGGAGCCCCUGGUGUGCAUCCACCAGAACCACCAGGAGUCCAUCGAAUUUGACAUCGUACCUUCACCGAACUUCUCCGUGGUCCUAGGCAUCCGCUGGCUCCGAGUCCAUGCCCCUGAAGUCGACUGGAUCAAAGGCCGCUGCACCUUCCACUCUCCCUACUGCCUGAAGAACUGCUUUCGCCCGCCCCCACCAUGCAUUGCCCUAGAGAGGCACAGCAUGAGCCUGCUACCCGGACUGCCGCACCCAUACUCAGACCUGGCCGACGUGUUUAACCCGAAGGAAGCAGAUGAUGAGACUUCCGACCAGCCAAGCUCAGACGGAUCCGAUGAUCUUUCUGAAUCAGAGCCCUCUGAGCUUCAGCAGGCUGGAGACAGUGAUCACAGCGAGACCUUUUACGAGUGUCCCUCCACCGCGCCUUGGGAACCUGUGGGUGCCAGGAUGCAAGAAAGAGCCAGGCUACAGGAGGAAUACUGGGACCUGCAGGACAUGCUGACCAGCAGACAGGACUACAUACAGAUGAUUCCGGAACUGUUUGACCAGUUACACGGAGCCGCGUGGUUCACAAAACUGGAGCUGCGUGGGACCAUUGUGGAGGAAAGCGUGAACGUGCACCGCACCGAAGAUGUGUGGAAAGCAGCGUUUGGUUUGGAGCUUCAAGAGAUGAAGAGCUACCAGCCGUUCGCGCUCUCCCCAGACCCUAUCAUACCUCAGAACGUGAUUCACUUCAUCCUAAAGGACAUGCUAGGGUUCCUUGUGCUUUCUUAUGGCCAGGAAGUCCUGAUCUACUCAAUGAGUCAGGAGGAGCACCUCCACCACGUCCGCCAAGUCCUGGUCCGCUUCCGCCAUCACAACGUCUACUGCUCCCUGGACAAGAGCCAGUUCCACCGCCAAACCGUGGAAUUCCUGGGCUUCGUCGUCACCCCCAAAGGGGUGAAACUGAACAAGAACGUCAUGACCAUCAUAACAGGGUACCCUACCCCUGGCUCCAGGCUAUCUCUGAGAAACUUCAUCGAAUUCGUCUUCCCCUACCGCCACUUCGUGGAGCGCUUCAGCAUCAUCGCAGAGCCCCUGGUGCGGCAGCUGCUGAGCUCCGACCAGUUCUACUGGGGAGUCGAGGAGCAGGAGGCCUUCGAGUGCCUCAAGAGGGCUUUCCGCAAGGCGCCCCUCCUCCACCACCCCAAGCCCCAGAACCCAUUCUACUUGGAAACCGGGGUCACCAGCACGGCCCUGCACGCCUCCCUGAUCCAAAUUGACGACCAAACCGGCAAGAGAGCCUACUGUGCUUUCUACUCGCGCAACAUCUCCCCUAUCGAGGUUGAGUACUCUCAAGUGGAGAUGAAGAUUCUUCCAAUACGGGCUGCCUUCACGGUGUGGUGCCGCUACCUGGAGAACACCGAGGAGCCCAUCAUGAUCCUUCUCAACACAGAGGAUCUAGCCUCUCUGAAUAAUGACAGGCUCACCGUACUUCUCCCCGGCCAUUGGGUCUUCUUCUUCUCCCAUUUCAACUUUGAAGUCACGGAGCUGCCAGAACAAGAUGGUGGCCGAGCGCUGCCACCUGUGAGAAACCGCCGGUGGAGAGCCUUCCAGAGGAACACCGCGGCCAGGCAAACCCUGCUCCUUGCCUCAAGGGGAUUCCCCAGGGAUCCAGCCACAGAAUCCGGGGAAGAAGAGAAUGAAGACCAGGAUGAGUCCAAUGAACAGACCCUACAGCAAGAGUUGCUGGCCACAAUACCCAUCGACCAAAUCCUCAACAGCUUCCUCGCCCACUUCAGCAUGGCCCAGAUCAGGGCCGUCAUUCUGCACUUCUUCCGAGGCCUCCUGUACUGGAAGAACACCCUAGCCCUGGCAGCCAUCCUCGUGCUACUGCGGGUGAGGCAGUGCCUCUCCGUGCUGCCGGCACCCGCCAUGCAGGUAGCUCGGCCCCAGCCCCAGCGCUCCCUACGACUCAUCCUGGAUUCGUCCCUCAUCGCAGGCAGUAGCAUCACGACAGCCAUCACCCAGCUGCUCACCCAGAUGCCCGCUCUCGCGGGCGCAAACACCAUCCCAGCCCGGGAGCUGGCCGAGUUAUUCCUGGGUCCUGGCCGCUGGCAGCGAAACGCUCUGCACGCCCAGACCCACCGAGGCCUGCAGUUCACCCCUGGGUUCUGGAUGACGCUGUGUGAGUUCUUCGGUGUCAGAGUCACCCCCUGGGAGGGCCGCCUCCCUGCCCUGCGUGAGAACCGCUACCUGGAGCUGCACGUCGUUGGUGAUGAGGAUGUCGUCUUGCGAGAAGCCCUGCAAGACGACCUGCAACGUUACCGUCAGUGUGGCCUGCAUGACGGCCUGCAAGACACCUCGCAGGACAAGCAGGACAACGACGUGCAGGAGGCCUCGCCCAGCCACACAGGAGCCUCCCACCCACCCCGCCCACGCCACCUCAUGGAUCCCCAGGUCCUGGAAUUCCUCAGUAGCCGCCUGCUCCACAUCCGCGGUGCGGACGGCCAGCUGCACCUGCUCAGCCGGGAGCAGGCGGUCGGGGCCCUGAGCCAGUUCCUGACCCUGAUCUACAGGCAGGCCCUGCCCGUCCCCGCCUUGGGGAGCCAACCCAGGGAGGAGGCAAGGCUGGAAGAGCUGCCUGACGAGGACGAAGAUGCUGACCUCGACUGAAGACGCCUCCCCAUCUCUAGCAAAGAGUCCCCUCUAUUUCUCGCCCCAAU